AUGUCUGAAGGGGAAUCCCCGGGAGAGGUAAACCAAAUUCCACGUGCCUCUACUCCUAGCACUAGCCAAACUCCUGUGGUCAUGCCUACUUCGUUUUCGACUCCCGGAAGCACUCCAACAGGAGCCACAUACCCCGAGUUCCUCUCCUUUCAGACACCGACCCCGUCUCGUUCGGGAGUCCCAUCUCCUAAUGUCGGUGCAACAAACACUCCCACACGCAUCGACCUCACACCGGAGGGGGUCACGAACAAUUUCCUACAGUUAAGGUCUCUCCUUAACCAUUACGUGAAUAGGGAAAGGGAUAAAGAGGUAAGAAUCAGGCUAGACUAUGAUGAAACAGAACCGUCAUUGUCACCAGGGCCACCUGUUCUUCCUUUCACAAGCUCGCAGCCUGCCACAUCCAGAAAUGAAGCUGGUCCUAGCCAUCCUCCUCCGAAUCCCAGUCCAUAUACAUUUACAAGGCCAGAUCCAACAUUUUUUCCUUUAUUUUCUUCUCAGCCGGCGGCAACCGGUGCACCAUUGGGACACGAGUUAACUUUGGAUCAGUUGUUACAAUCUCAAAUUGCAAGCCUUCCACCUCCCACAACUACCACAUGGGAACAGGCCAUAUCUGUCCUUCCCUUGGCACGAAGUGCCGUCAUGAGUGCUCCUAUGGGGUGA